CUUUGCAGUGUCUGGCGCCUCAUGUCAGCAUCUCUCGCCCUCUACAUCUCUAUCGGAUUAAAACUAGGUUUGCAUUCACGGGUUGCAGGGGAUGGACGACUGGAGAGCACUCUGUGUUCGCAGAUGACACCAUGAACCCUGCCGCAAGCGGCGCUGCCGACCCUCCAUUGGCAGACAAUAGCAGCAGAAAGCAGCACAGGAAUUCUUCUCCAGGCAGAUCCCGAGACACUGCGUCCAAAUCGGCCUCGAAAGCCGGCUCGGUGUCAAAGUCUAUCACAUCCAAACACGGAGGGAGGAACAGUCGAGGUAAUUCUCCGGCGUCGGCAGCCAGCGGCAAGGACAGACAACCUCCAAAAGGCGCGGCAGCUGUCCAUCCGGGCGGUGCUGAAACCAGUGCUCUCAAUACGUGCAGGGCGGAGGCAGGCAAGAAAACCGAGGAACGAAACAGUCCUUCAGCCGACUUCCGCUGUACGGAUAUAUCCUGCUUUAAAGGCGAGAGCAGUCGCGUUGUUUCCGAUCAGCCAGGUAGCGCGUCGAAAUCCUCCAAGGGAAAAGCGAAAAAUCCGAAAGGAGGGGAAGCGACAGCGGGCUGCAGCAAACAGAGCGGCAAGGCUUCCGUAGGCUGUGGGCCUGGCUUUUGGAAAGAAGGAUGCCUGCAGUCUGAAUUAAUCCAGUUUCACUUAAAUAAGAGCUUGAAGAAGAGCGGAAAGAUGCACACGAAGACGCCAAGCGCCCCGACUACGGAGCCGGACCCAGAGCCAGAGCCGGAGCUGUCCCCCGAGAGUAUAACCACGGAGCCUGUGACUCGGCAAGACCAGAGCCUACAUGACGAAAUAGAAAGGCUGCUGGAGGAAAAUGAGGAUCUCAAGACCGAAAUCGAGGAGAUGCGGACGGAAAUGGAUGAAAUGCGAGACACUUUCUAUGAAGAAGACGCUUGCCAACUGCAGGACAUGCGACGCGAGCUGGAGCGGGCCAACAAAAACUGUCGGAUCCUGCAGUACCGCUUGCGGAAGGCGGAAAGGAAGCGGCUGCGGUAUGCUCAGACCGGCGAGGUCGACGGUGAGCUGUUGCGGAGCCUGGAGCAAGACUUGAAGGUGGCGAAGGAUGUGUCUGUGCGACUGCACCAUGAAUUGGAGAACGUGGAGGAGAAGCGCACAAAGACUGAAGAUGAAAAUGAGAAGCUGAGGCAGCAACUGAUCGAGGUGGAAGUGACCAAGCAGGCCCUGCAGAACGAGCUGGAGAAGAACAAGGAGCUGUCACUGAAACGGAGGGGAAGCAAAGACGUACAGAAGUCAGAGAAGAAGACUCCGCAGACUCCAACCGAGGAGGAGAACGAGGACCUGAAAUGUCAGUUGGCAUUCAUCAAAGAGGAGGCUACCCUGAUGAGGAAGAAGAUGGCGAAGAUCGACAAGGAGAAGGACCGUCUGGAGCACGAGCUGCAGAAGUACCGCUCCUUCUACGGGGACCUGGACAGCCCCCUGCCCAAGGGCGAGGCCAGUGGGCCCCCCACCACCCGCGAGUCCGAGCUCAAGCUGCGCCUGCGCCUGGUGGAGGAGGAAGCCAACAUUCUGGGCCGCAAGAUCGUGGAGCUGGAGGUGGAGAACCGGGGCCUGAAGGCGGAGCUGGAGGACCUUCGGGGGGAGGAGCUGGGGGGCGCGGCGGGCCCCGCCUGCCGCGAGCAGAGCGAGUCCAUCUCCGAUCUCCGGCAGCAGCUGCAGCUGGUGGAGGACGAGGCGGAGCUGCUCCGGCGGAGCCUGUCCGACCUGGAGGACCAGAACAAGAGGGUGACCGGCGAGCUCAACAAGCUCAAGUACAAGGCCGGCUCGCACGAGAGCAGCCGCCACAGCGCCGACAGCGGCAAGACGGAGGCGCUGCAGGAGGAGCUGAAGGCCGCGCGGCUGCAGAUCAACGAGCUGAGCGGCAAGGUGAUGCAGCUGCAGUACGAGAACCGCGUGCUCAUGUCCAACAUGCAGCGCUACGACCUGGCCUCGCACCUGGGCAUCCGCGGGAGCCCGCGCGACCGCGACAGCGACGCCGAGAGCGAUGGCGGCCGGCGGGAGAGCGAGGACGACUCGCGCCCGCCGCACCGCAAGCGCGAGGGCCCCAUCGGCGGGGAGAGCGACCCCGAGGAGGUGCGCAACGUGCGCUGCCUCACCCCCACGCGCUCCCUGUACUCCCCGGAGGGCCGCUUCCUGACCCGCGGCUUUCGGGACCGGCAGCAGGUGAUUGACAUCCGCGCGGAGGCGGAGCGUUUGAGCCGGACCAUCGACCGGCUGAUCGCCGACACCAGCACCAUCAUCGCCGAGGCCCGCGUCUACGUGGCCAAUGGCGACCUGUUUGGCCGGAUGGACGAGGAAGACGAUGGCAGCCGUAUCCGGGAGCACGAGCUGCUGUACCGUAUCAACGCCCAGAUGAAGGCCUUCCGGAAGGAUCUUCAGAGCUUUAUCGAUCGGCUGGAGGUGCCAAAGGCCGAGGACGGGGACAAGGAGGAACCUCUGUCUGGAGUUAUAAAGAAGAGCAAUCUCUGGUCUGCUCUGCCUUCUGCCAGAAAAUCUCCAUGCUGUGACUGAUAAGUUUUGUGCAUACUGCUUUCUUCUACUGUGAUGAUUUAUACCAUUGUACACCAGAGAUAUAGAUUAAGAGAGAACAAAAGAGUGGUAUCCACCUAAUUUGAUUUAUGAAAAAUGUGGAAUGCAUCUCAUCUGCUAUAUGUUCGUGAAAUAAUGUACUAUAUUGACAUAGUGUAAGUGCAUUUGUUUCUUGAUUUUGAAUAGAUAUCUUGAGCAAUAACUUCAUAUCUAACAAUGAAACAGCAAAUCCCAGCAUAUUCUUUUUUGACUGAAACUGAGUUAAACAAAUCCCUCAAUUUACGGCUUUGUUAUGACUCUACAUUGGAGAUGGUUCAUGAAUAUACAGGCUGAAAUGGAUACUGCUAAUUUUUAUGGUAGUUCUUGCUGUCUACUCAAACCUGAGCUUUAAUAAAUGGUAAUACAGUAUAUUAAUAUGGCUAGGAAUUUAAUAAUGUGCAGGAGAAUGCAUCUGAUACAUAUUAUCUGCAGGAAGAGCUACAGUGUGAAUUAUAUCUGAACAAGUCGUCCAUUUUAUACUUACACUAUCUCUUCAAUUCUGUCUCCUCCCUCUACACCCUACCUUUUAAUGCUCAUUUUAUGUUUUGUAUUUAUCCACCCAGAUGUU